AUGCCUCCUAGAUCAUCUCGUUCAUGCAGACAGGUUGACGCUCCAGAGCCGUCAUACACUGUCCAGGCGGACAAUAUCACUGUAGAUUUAGGUUCACAUACCGCACUUGACUGUUACAAGUGGCUUCUCGACCGCGAGAUUAUUCCACAAGCCUGGACCCCUAGCCGCACACCAAUGCGGGAGCUCCAUAUUUAUGAUGAUGUUCACGCUCUUUUUGCCAAUAUUGGCUGGGAGCGCCUAUCAUCUGCGGAUUUUGCCACUUCACCCCUCACCCUAUUCACAUGGACCAGUUAUGUACUAUCUUCCAUAUCCCCCAUCACCAGUUUAUCCCAUCCCACCCCCGCUUUUGACGUAUGCGAGCUUGAGACUAUAAAAUCCGUCAAAGCCGAGUUUUUUCUUUUGUGGUGCAUGAUCACUAAUUUACACCGCCCGCAUUUUGGUGAUAUUAUCAUCAAAAGGUUUCACAAAGUUAUAUCCCUUCACACCGGCGGUGCAAUUCGUUGUGGUGGUCUGAUUUCUAUCAUUGCUUGCGCCAUCGUGGCACAAUCUCCUCUGGGGUACACCUUCUUUGCGGGUGAUUCUUUCCGUUUAACCCUGCAGACCCUUCGCGCUAUGCACAUGUUUUGUACUGCUCCAGGUGGGUAUGUUUGGAUGCAGGUACGCUCCACUUAUUUCAAGGUCACUGGCCCUGAUGAUAUCACCCUCGUUGACCCCAUUAGCGACACUGUGUGGGUUCUUCAGUCGAACAUCCCACAACCUCUUCGCCAACCUAGGACAUAG